AUGGCCGUGGUACCUGCUGUCCCGUUUUCCGGUUGUUUGACUCGCGCUAAGGAUUAUCCGGAUGAUUCGGUCACCACACUUGGUGAACGAGUUGAGGUUCCAUCCAACGAAUUCAACGGUUCCGAAGUUCCGUCUAACUCGUCCGACAGGAGUAGUUCUCGGUCACGUGGUCCGCUGGUAUCGGAAAUUACGAACACAAAAGAUCGGUGCGAGGCAAGCACAGAAUCCAGUUGUCAUGAAUCUCAUGCUCUUGAAGAUUCUGCGGUUAUGUACGAACCACCAACCUUGAAUCCUCUGUUGGCCAUAGCCAGUCACCAGUGGUUUGACCGUUUAUUCAGUUCAACUUCGUCCCAUUCCGCAACUAAAUUGCGUGCAAUCGACGGAGCACGUCAAAGACGAAACAGUAUUAUAGCAGAUCGACUGGCUCCAGAUUUCAAGACAUUCUCUGCCAGUGACUAUGAAAAUUUCACCAGAAACUACCGAAACUGUGACGAAAAGUCGGCAGCCUAUUAUCCCAUCAAUCCUGUUCUGAACCAGUCAGUUAACAGAUCAUUUUGUGAUACUGCUGAAACAGAUGGAGGUCAAAUGCUUAACGGUUCGAAUCUAUCUUGCCCCUACGAAAGUUUGGCCUACAACACAGUUUUACCUACUGCGAAAGAUAUCAGUAGUAAUUUUCCCGUAAGCCACGAAGAACAGCCAUAUCCGGUCCACCACAAACAGUUGGAACAAAGCUCUGUGAGGCCGAUACUGUUUUCCUCUCCAGAACGAGCUAGUCGACCAGAGGUAUUGAAACGGUUUCGAUCGUCUACACCAUUGGCUACUGAUGCCCCACAGUCGUCCAAGUUACAUUCAGAAGAAACCUAUGAUUGUUUUCUUCAUGCGAAUGAUACAAGACGCCAGUUAGCUGAACGAGUAUACCAACAUGAUAUUCGAAGUGCAACAGAGGCCAUACUGAGUAGGCAAGUGAUGAUUGAGCCACACCCGAGUGGUUUGAAGCAUACGAGUUCAGUGCCAGGCAGUGCCGGAACUUACCCGUUUUUAUCCCAACAACUAUCCAAACCGCACUGUUCCAAUUACAACCACAACACAGAAGGUGAUGGGUGUCUUGCUUCUUUCCAGUUUAGUCCCCAAAACUUCAGCGGCCAGAAGGUAGAAGAGGAUUCGAGCUGUUCCUCUUCCACCGGUCUUGAAAGGCUUCCUUGUGUCAGCUGUGAUAGUUGCAAUGCCAAACAGACAGAAAUCACUAAUCAGUUUGACGACAAAGCAGAAAAUAGACAUAAUGACAGUCCACCUUAUUUUCCAAUGAUGGAAAGAACGAAGAACCUAGGCGACGCACUAAUCCGUCAGAGUGACAUUGGUCCUACACUUCCCAACGGAACUGAUUGUGAACUACAUCAGAGGUCUGGUUUUCAGUGCGAUCGUUCAAGUACUCACAGGUUUUACCCUGAGUGGUUUGGAACCCAUACAAAUGGUGCAAAGGGGAAAGGAAAUGUCGAGUGGCGUAGAGGCUGUGACAAUUCAACCAGUUCGGAUAUGAGCCCAACACCCGGUCUACUACCUUGUAUUUCACAGGGGAUAAUAUCUACUUUUGCCAACCCAUACAGUUUAUCUCCGUCCCUAUUUCAUGAACCCAGCGAAAUGCUCCCACAGACUUCACAUUGUGGAAACCCUUAUUCCGUUCAUUUUGAACCACACUAUCAGUUGGAUUCCCAAGGUGCGUUUGGACAUUCACCGACAAACUUAAACUACACACCUCUCCUACAGUAUCACACGGAUUCAAAUGCGGCAGCUGCCGCGGCGAUGGUAAACAAUUUCCAAACAAACUUGAACUACCACAUGCUUCAGCCGCAGAUGGGAGCUCUCGUGCCCCAACCGAAUCCACACCAAACACCAGUUGCUACUACACGUACCUGCUUCGGUUCGACAAACAUGCUCAGCAUGGGUGCCGGACAGUUUGGACACCGUAGUGUGAAUAGUCUGGUUCAGCCGCAACCGAUAGAAACCGAUUAUAAUCCACGUGAUUUGGAAGCAUUCUCUGAGCGUUUUAAACAAAGACGUAUCAAAUUGGGUGUGACCCAGGCGGAUGUGGGCAAGGCAUUGGGAAAUCUGAAAAUUGCUGGCGUAGGUUCUUUAUCUCAAUCUACAAUCUGUCGCUUCGAAUCCCUUACACUUUCGCAUAACAACAUGGUGGCCCUGAAGCCAGUUCUUCAAGCUUGGCUAGAAGAAGCCGAGGCAGAAGCAGCAGAAAAACUGCGACAUCCGGAAAUCUACGACCCCGAGGAAGAGAAGCGUCGCAAGCGCACAUCAAUUACAGAUUCAGAGAAGCGUUCUCUGGAAGCUUUCUUCAGCGUCCAACCAAGGCCAUCCUCAGAAAAGAUAGCACAGAUUGCUGAAAAACUCAACCUCAAGAAGAAUGUAGUCCGAGUGUGGUUUUGUAAUCAAAGGCAAAAACAGAAAAGAAUGAAAUUUUCGACUUUGGGAUUAUUGCACCACCAAUCAAAUCGUGUCUGA